AUGUAUCUGUUUUUGCUGUGUUCUUGGAGUUUAUUUAGUGGGUUCGGAGUGGUUGUCAACGCAGAGCCUGCAGUGACAGCGUGGAUCAUUACACCCGAGAGAGAUAGGAAGUUCGGUGGGCGAGUUGAGAUGAGGCGAAUCCCCUGCGGCAACAACCACACCUCUUCUAAACCAAACACGGAUUUGAACUCCAACGCAACACAUAUCGAGCAUACAACUAGUAACCCUCGUGGUUUCGAGAACUCAGGACUUGAACAUGACACCUACCAUGAACCGAGUCAAGUCAGAAUGAGUGCAAGACCUGAACAAGAGGCACAGGCCUCGUACUCGGCUGCAAACCAGGAAGCAGCGGUUACAAACAACGCCUCAGUGAUGUACGCACAACCACACAAGUCACAAGCCAAAAUUGAAAAGGAGGACGCUGCGGUGUACGCACAACCACAUAAGCCACAAUCCAGAACAGACAAACAUAAUGCAAAAUUAGCCCAGGAGCCAGAACAGAUGCACAGCAAUCAUGUCUUGGAUUCUACCAACCCAUACAGCCUCCCAGAUCCACUUGGAAGUAGACCCACCGCGGUUCUCAAACCCAUAGCCAAGGUUCCACCAACAACGAGAGUUCCCAAGAAACCAGAGCCCUAUAAACCCAAAGCACAGCGGGCAAGCGUCCCACAUGACAUCAUCGCUAGCCAUCGGGAACCAGGGGAGUCAAUACGCCCUAACUCGACCCCAUCACAGUCCCCAAUCACCCCUGAUGACAACACCUUCGCCACUGCUACACCACCCAGCGAGUCGGCAAUGUAUGCCCAGGUCUCCUUACCACAAGCUGAGGUGACUGCUGUUCCUAACCCACCGCCACCAUCACCUCCAGACCAUCUUGUCUAUGCUGACUUGGACUUGCAUCCUGAUUCGUCUGUAGAUGUAAAUCAGCCAGUGUCAACCACUCAACCACCGGCAGUGUACGCGCAAGUGAUGAAGAACCGCCCAAAACCUGAAGACACAAUUGCAGAACCCACAGUGACUGCGUGGAUAGUCACACCGGAGAGGAAUCAAAAGAUAGGCGGGAGCGUUCAUAUGAGAUGCGUGGCCAAUAACCUGGAAGCAGAUCACAUCGUGGAGUGGAGGACUGAGAACCCAAUCAACUCACUGAGAUGGGGUGGUGGGACCGAUAUUGUGGCCAGCGCCAAGAUCACACUGAGAGUGUACUCGCCCAGUGAGUCCUUCCCUAUCUGCUCCCCUGAUGGACCCACUACAGUAGACACUGGAACACAGUUGAGUUUGACAUGUUCAGCUGAUACAGGUAAUGCGACAAUCACGGUCACUCCAAUUCCCGCAAUGCCCAACACCUACCCAUGGAUCACAUCAGUCGUCAAUGGUAAAUCAUCCAAGUCAUUGGAUUUGACACUUGAUGCUUCCCAUGACAAUUUGACAUUCGAAUGCAGCAUCCCAUCUGUGACUUACAUUGGCCUAAGACGUUCCUGUUUCGUCGGGCCCAUCAGUGUAAUAAGUAUCCCUUUGAGUGUGACAGAAGUGGCAGAGAUCGACACAAGUGACGUUAUUCCAUUCACCACGACAUCUCCAAUGACUGUCUCUUCAAUUCUUCCGACACCUCUCCAAUGUCCAAAUGGCCAGUCAUCUCUCCCAGUCACAUGGGUAGCUACCUCCGCGGCUGCUAUAAUCCUUUUUGUCAUGUCUUGCAUCAUCAACAUCUUCCUCAUCUGCCAAAAUCUGAAACUCAAACGUCACAUUAGUGUCACUGAGAAGACAUCCUCGAUGCCUCAAGCCGAUCCGUACAUGGAGCUACAGCCAACGGAUGACAGUCACAGAGUCUACACAGAACCUGAGACUAGAGGAUCUACAAUAGCACAGCACACGUACUGCCAGACACUUGGAGAAGAGAAGAAACACACAGAGGAUGACUACGAGAGACCAGACGACGAAACUGAUUACGAAGUCACUAGUGUUCGUAUUUAG